AUGGCGCGAGAAAGCGCGCAGACGUGUUUGUGGGGGAGCGCACGGAGCAACUACAGCCUCAGGCACAUAUUCUCAGCCUUCCCGGGCCUGCCUCCAGGCGGUGCGGGUAAUCGCCCUGGGCCAGCCUUACCCGCGUCGGUACCGCGCACUCCACACCACCCAAAAUCUGGAGCUGCACUUGCCGACCUCAUUCGCUCGCUCGAGUCGAAGUGGCAGCUUGGUCUGAAGGUUCAAGACGGGCGAUCACCCGCACAAAGCCGUACCAUUGCAGACAAAACAUGCCGCGCGAUACAAUACUUGUUUUACUCGAAUCGUGGUGGUCUUAACGACGCUUUAGCCAUCUUCGAGCAAUCAGGACCUUUCCUUCGACCUGAAGCACGUCUGGAAUUGCUGCAUGGUAAACUGAAGAGCUUGUUGCCGCAGUCACCUGGUGGUCCAAAGAUCGCAACACCAGUAAGCGCAAGGAACAAACCGCUGAAUAACAUGAAGUCGCCGCUAUCAAGCCAGCCAUCUCGGUCCGCAGAUAUCUUUCAAGGCUAUCGAACGGGACAGGCUGAGCCACAACCCCAUCUCCAACUCGCAACUACCUUCGAUCCAGGCUCGCCUACCGAUGAGGACGACAACAACAACGACGAUGAUGGCUACGUCACACCGCCAUCACCGACCGUGUCUUCGCGAUCAGCACAGAGGCGGGUACAGGCAAGUCCGCGUUUUUCUUUAGGACCCACUGCUAGGAAACGACCUUCGGAUAGCUCGAAUGACUCUGAAAAGUCUCCCAAACUGUCCAAAAUCUCGAGAGGAAAACAACCCGCCAUCAAGUUCACAGCACCAGGAUCUUCGAAACCCUGUAUUGCUCCGAAACAUCCCUCUCCUCCAGCAUUCAAGAAGCCAACACGUGAAAUGGCGCGUUCCUUUCAUGCUGCCCCGUCCAUCUCCUCCUCAGUCAAUACAUCGUUCAAUACGAACACCGUCUCUUCCUCCCAGCAGACACAGGCAGACACAGUCAACACCUCCUUCACCUCAAACUACGGUGUAGAUGAUCUGCAACGCCCUGGGAUGACGAGAACGAGUUCAACAACAAUGGGCUCAUUGGAUGAUAACGACAUAGUGAAUCUAUCAAUGAAGCUUGAGUUCGAGGUACUCAAGCAGGAGCAACUCGCACGAAUUUCUUCCCAGGAUAAUCGAGAAAGUACAUCGACUUUCGGAUCUGUAGAUGAGGAUGGUCUUAUAGAUGCAUCGUGUAGAGCUGAGGUUGAACACAUUCCAGCCUUUCCUCCUCUCUUGCGACCGCCUGUCGACACUGCCUCAAAGCUGGACGGUACAUCGGGGUAUCGUUCACCGGCUAAGUCGAAACUUUUUGACCGUCAACCACCCGGAACCACUACUUCUUUUCCAGCUGCGGGUAAGAUCACUUCCCCAGAUCAACCGAUUCUUCGACCCAGAAGUUCGUCGGUUGGUACGACGCCAUCUCGUGCGGUCCGUCCGGGAGCUCCCACCCCAGUGGAUUCUCCGUCCCGUGUGUCACACUACAUCAGAGAUAUACCCAAGCAGGGUCUGUUCGUUGAUGAUCUUCCAGAUGACCUGAAAUCUGUGCCCUAUUUUCUAGCUUUCAUUGGUCAACGCAUAGCUCUCCAACACUCCAUUCCCAUUGGAGACCUUAUGCGCAAAGUGGAUAUUUCAUCAUCCAAGGCUGACCCAGACACGUUUUGGGCAUCUAUUCAGACCCAUCCAAAAAUUUCGCAUGUUCGAUUGCGGGAGCCGAGCGGCCUGUGGCAAGCCCGAAAACGUCAAUUUGAUGGGUUCACCUUCAAGGGACAAAUCACACUGAAUUCCAAGCGAUCUGGGCCGGUGUUCAAUCUUCAGCUUCAACCUGUGCAAAAGGAUGCGUCGUGUCGUUUCCAGAGGAAGUUCGGAUCGGAUCGAUUUCUGUAUCUUCAGGCUCCUGUUUGGGCUUCUAAAGCGAGUCGCUUCAAUGCGGCAGAGAUGAAGUAUAUCCAAGAACGUUGGAAGACAUGGUUGCUUACCGAGCACUCGUUUUUAGGACGGAAAUGGAGGGUGUUUCAUGUCGAAUCACUCAAGAGAAAAUCAAACGCCAAGAAACAAGAGGCGUUGUACGACAAAAGACUAGUAUUGUUUGCCGUUGACGGUUGUGGAAUCGACCAACCGCAUACUAUCGGUGAGAUGCUCAAUUGGUUCUUGCCGUUUGCCCACAACGAGAACCAAACCUUCCUGAAAGCAUUUGCUCGAUUUGAUUUGGGCCUUUCUCGAACGGUUUCGACUCUGAUGUUUCUGCCGUCGUCGAUUCGUUUUGUAGAUGACAUCAUGUCAAACGGGGAACGGGAGACGACGCAGUUCAACGACAGAAGACUUCGUUGGAAAAGUGUUCCAAAAAAUCAAGUCAUGAACGACGGCUGUGCCGUCAUAUCUGUAGGCGCUGCAAAACUGAUUUGGAAGAUCUAUAAGGAAGCUACUAAGUCGACUGAAACGUUGAUGCCUAGCGCCUUUCAGGGACGCAUCGGAGGGGCAAAGGGACUGUGGAUGAUCAGCGCCGAAUCAUAUACGAAAGAUCCGGAGCAUACAGCUGUUUGGAUCCAAAUCAGCAAAAGCCAGCUGAAGUUUGAUCCACACCCUGAAGACAUGAAUGACGACGGCGCCUUCGACCCCCAUCGUCUAACGUUCGAGGUCUCUAACUAUAGCUCCCCGCCUACCCCAUCGGAGCUUCACAUAUCGUUCAUCCAAAUCAUGGUUGACAGAGGAGUUCCCGGAAAUGUCAUCGCUGAAUUUAUGACUGAACACCUCGAUGCGGAGAGGAAACAAUUGCUCGAAAUACUCCAGUGCCCAACGAAGACGUACGAAUGGGUGCACAAAAACAGUGCGAAAACUAGGGGUUCUGGUGACACACUUUGGGAAGCCGCGUUACCUGUUUCUCUAGAGGAAAAGUUGAAGCUUAUGCUUGAGUCAGGGUUCUCCCCUGUCAAAUCCGAGUUCCUUGCGCAAACUCUUGGACGGUUUAUCCAAACUAAGCAGAUUUCACAAGAGUCGAAAUUGCGUACUCCCCUUCCAAAAUCUACCUUCCGUUAUGGAGUGGCUGACCCGUUUGGAGUCUUGAAGCCUGGGGAGGUGCAUGUCCAUUUUUCGAGACAUUUCCUUGAUCAGCUAGCGGACGAGCAAUACCUCUGCCUCAGAGAUAUGGAUGUUCUUGUUGCGCGCCAACCAGCCUGUCGACAUUCUGACAUACAGAAGGUGCAUGCUGUGAUACAUCCAGCAUUAUCCCACCUCGUUGACGUCAUUGUGUUUCCAUCGAGGGGCGAAUAUCCAUUGGCAGGCAAACUGCAAGGCGGUGACUACGAUGGAGACAUGUUCUGGGUAUGCUGGGAACCCAAGCUAGUUGACCCCUUCAAGAAUGCUCCAGCACCGGUCACGUCACCAGACCCCGCCAAAUAUGGCAUUAAAAAGGACACCCGGAAGCUUGGGGACGUAAUGGAUACGACGGAUUUGGACGAUGUGGACGCUCUUCUUCGAGAGGCCUUCGAGUUUCGAGACAACCCUUCAUUGCUUGGUAUGGUGACAGUCAUGGCCGAUAAUCAGGUCUACAGAGAGAACCGCCUGUUUUCGGCUGUGCUGGAGCAGCUUUUCGACAUACACGAUCUUCUCGUCGACGCAAUCAAACAGGGAUAUACUUUCAUGCAGGCUGACUUGGAUCGCUUCGUGAAGUGCACUCUGAAGAUAGAACCCCCGAAGAAACCAGCAUACAAGGCUGCGAUGGGGGAAUCUCUUGCUGCAAAAGAAACGAGCGAUGUUGAAAAGGUCCGAGCCAAGAAUUACCGACACAAAUCCGAUCGGGUGCUUGACUAUCUUUACUUUGGGGUCCUCCGAGCGCACAACAUCGAAACCAUGAACCUGGUCAAAGAUGAAUGUUCAAAAAGCAUCGAGGUGGAUGAAGAUCUUCUGUACAUGUACAAAAACCUGAAAAGCAAACAGCACCCGGUCAUAGACGAGGUGCUACGCACCAUCAGAGAGAGCCUAAUACCUAUCUACGCCGUGUGGACCAAUGGUUUUCACAAGGAUAGCAAAAAGGAGAAGAGUAUCUCCCCUGUAAAGGAAUGUUACGAAAAAUACCUCGCCAUCCAACCUAUCCAUUCCUCUGACCCUGAAGUCAGGCCCUGGCUCGAGCCCUACACUGACCCCCAUUCAUCACUGUGGGCUCAACUCAAAGCCUCGGUCUUGUAUGCGAAAUACGAUUGGCCUAAUAAGCAGUCGUUUGUGUUCAAAAUGGCAGGCAAGGAACUUGCUCAUCUAAAAGCUAAGCAUUCGCCGGGUGCCAGGCUUGUCAUUUUGGCCAUCCUUGGAAACAUGAAGCCGAAGCCGAUCAAGGCGCCGAUUGAGCUCGAUGAAGAGGAGGACGCGAGUGAGGAUGAAUUUGACAGCGCGACAGACCAGAUCACUGGGUGA